AUGGAUUCUGCGAGAAGUUGGUUCCAGAAGUUCCAGCCGAGGGACAAAUCCAAGAGUCCAGCGGUGGCUGCCAGCCAUGGAAAGGAUCCAGGAAAGCCCCCGAUCGAUGAUGCCCCUUCUAGUGCAACGAAACAGAGGGUCGCCGCUGCAAAGCAGUACAUUGAGAACCACUACAAGACCCAGAUGAAGUCCCUGCAAGAUAGGAAAGAGAGGCGCUGGAUGUUGGAGAGAAAAUUAAAAGAUGCCGAAGUUCCUGUAGAAGAGCAAAAUAAUAUUCUUAAGCAUUUGGAGAAAAAAGAGACUGAAUAUAUGCGCUUGCAGAGACACAAGAUAGGAGUUGAAGAUUUUGAACUUUUGACUAUUAUUGGGAGAGGUGCAUUUGGAGAGGUGCGUCUUUGUAGAGAGAAGACCUCUAAGAAUGUGUACGCAAUGAAAAAGCUCAAGAAAUCUGAAAUGCUUCGUAGGGGCCAGGUAGAACAUGUCAAAGCCGAAAGGAACCUUCUUGCUGAAGUUGAUAGUGCUUACAUAGUUAAGCUCUAUUAUUCUUUCCAAGACGAAGAGUUCUUAUAUCUCAUCAUGGAAUACCUUCCUGGUGGGGAUAUGAUGACUUUACUUAUGCGCAAGGACACACUAACAGAAGAUGAAGCUAGAUUUUAUAUUGCAGAAACUGUGCUUGCCAUUGAGUCUAUUCACAAGCACAACUAUAUUCAUCGGGAUAUCAAACCAGAUAAUCUUUUGUUAGAUCGCAUUGGUCACCUGAAGCUUUCUGACUUCGGUUUGUGUAAACCUUUGGACAGCAGUAAUUUUCCAAAUUUGAAUGAACCAGAUUAUACGUCUGGAAAAGUUACCAAACCUUUGCCUGAUACCACUCGGUUAAGCGACCCUUCUGCACCGAGGCGUACACAGCAGGAGCAAUUGUCACACUGGCAAAAGAACCGCCGGAUGUUGGCAUACUCAACAGUCGGUACACCUGAUUAUAUUGCUCCAGAAGUUCUACUGAAGAAAGGAUAUGGAAUGGAGUGUGACUGGUGGUCCCUUGGUGCUAUCAUGUAUGAAAUGCUUGUUGGUUACCCUCCAUUUUAUUCAGAGGAUCCAAUGUCUACUUGCAGAAAGAUUGUGAACUGGAGAAGUCACUUGAAAUUCCCUGAAGAGGCAAAGCUUUCUCCUGAAGCUAAGGAUCUCAUCAGCAAGCUUUUGUGUAAUGUUGAGCAGAGACUUGGCACAAAAGGAGCCCAUGAAAUAAAAGCGCAUCCAUGGUUUAGAGGUGUUCAGUGGGAGAAGUUGUAUCAGAUGAAAGCUGCUUUCAUACCAGAAGUUAAUGACGAGUUGGAUACUCAGAAUUUUGAGAAAUUUGAGGAGACUGGAACUCAAAUUCAAAGUUCAUCCAAGUCAGGCCCAUGGAGAAAGAUGCUUCCAUCCAAAGAUGCAAACUUUGUUGGGUAUACGUACAAGAACUUUGAAAUUGUAAAUGAUGAUGAAGUGGCAGGAAUUGCGGAGUUGAAGAAAAAGAGUUCCAAACCAAAGCGGCCAACCAUCAAGACAUUGUUUGGUAAUGAGCCAGCCUAUGUUCAUUUCGCCUCUCCACUAUCUUUAUCUCUGUGA